AUGGCGCAGUAUGGCUUUAUCAACACGUGUCUGAAGUCACUGGUCAUUGAUAAAUUUGGAGAAGAAACAUGGGAGAAACUCAGAGACGAAGCAGGAGUUCAAGAUACUUUUAUGACCUAUGAAGUGUACAAAGAUGAUAUCACUAUGCGGCUGGUGACAGAGGCUUGCAAGCUCUUGGAUGUUGAACCAGAUGUGGUGCUGAGACAAUUUGGGGAGUAUUUCUUUGAGUUUUGUAAAAGAUCUGGAUAUGACCACAUGUUACGAACUCUGGGGGGAACCUUGUUUGAGUUCAUUGAGAAUCUGGAUGCGCUCCAUGGCUACCUCUCUCUCUCCUAUAAGGAAAUGAAUGCACCGUCUUUCCGUGUGGAGAAGAACAGUGAUGACACAAUGCUUCUACACUACUACUCAGAUCGCAGGGGACUCUGUCAUAUUGUCCCUGGCAUUAUUGGAGCUGUGGCAAAAGAUUUCUUCAACAGCAAAUUAAACAUGGAGAUUGUGAACCAGAUUGAGGAGGUGGAGAGGACGGGAAAGAAAGAACACAUUGUUUUCCUCAUUACCCAGAAACCAGCCCCCUCCGAUAAAGUCUGCCUCAAAUCUAUUUCAUCACCGACUCAGCGCAAUCUAGCCAGGGUAAGUUCACUGCAGAAGAGGCAUCAAGGUCGAAACCACUGGGAAACUGUGAGAGGCUUGGUCAGACUGGGAAAGGGCAAACUCUUGAGGGGAUUUGAACCUGUUUACCCUGACAACAUCUGCAUCGACUUAAAGACGUUCUGCAAUGCUUUCCCUUUCCAUAUUGUCUUUGAUCAGAAAUUGCGGGUGAGGCAGGCAGGGGUGACAAUCCAGAAGAUUGUCCCUGGGCUUCAGACCAUGAACAUCCAUUUAGAUGAGUAUUUCACUAUCCAGCACCCAGAGGUUACCUUCACUAUCUCCAGCAUUAGGAAGUUCAUCAACAGCCAUUUCGUGCUGCGGACACGCCGUGACAUGAUGCCCGAGUUCUGGAAGGACCGACCCAUGUUGGAGCUGAGAGGUCAGAUGCUGUGGAUGGACUCUCUGCAGUGUAUGCUGUACCAGGCCUCCCCUCUGCUGCGCAGCCUGCUGGAGCUGGAGGAGCGGCACAUGCAUCUGUCAGACAUCGCUCCCCACGAUGCCACCCGUGACCUUAUCUUGCUCAACCAGCAGAGACUGGCAGAGAUAGAGCUUUCAAACCAGCUGGAGCGCAAGAAGGAGCAGCUCCGUCACCUUUCUCAGCACCUAGAGGAGGAGAAGCAGAAGACAGAGAACCUCCUCUAUGCCAUGCUCCCUAAACACGUGGCCAACCAGCUGAAGGAGGGCAAGAGAGUGGAGGCAGGAGAGUUUAAGGAAUGCACCAUCCUCUUCAGUGAUGUGGUGACAUUCACUAACAUCUGCUCUGAGUGUGAACCUAUUCAGAUUGUCUUCAUGCUAAACUCCAUGUACCUCAAGUUCGACCGCCUCACCACUGUGCACAAUGUUUAUAAGGUGGAGACAAUAGGUGAUGCAUACAUGGUAGUGGGUGGUGUACCGAUUCCUGUUUGUAGCCAUGCUGAGCGUGUGGCUAACUUUGCCCUGGGCAUGAUUAUAGCUGCUAAAGAAGUUACCAACCCUGUCACAGGCGGUCCCAUUCAGAUCAGGGUGGGCUUGCAUUGUGGACCUGUGUUGGCUGGUGUGGUGGGGGAGAAGAUGCCGCGCUACUGUUUGUUUGGAGACACGGUUAACACAGCCUCCCGUAUGGAGAGUCAUGGACUCCCUGACAAAAUACAUCUCAGCCCAACUGCCUACGAGGCUUUGAGGGACAAGGGCUUUGAGAUGGAGGAGAGAGGGGAGAUUGAGGUGAAGGGAAAAGGGAAGAUGCAUACUUAUUUUCUUCGGAGGAACCUGAGGGCCACAGAGAGCCAGAUUAUGGGUCGCUCUGUCCGAGAGGCCGACUCGGGUCGAGAGUCGGUCCAGUCCAGCCGUGAUGCCGGCGCUGAGCCAGCCCGCUACAGGCCCGGUGUACCAGCCAUUCAAAGAAUACAGAGUGAAGACAGCCGUCCUACAGUACCCAUGAGAUACGGAGACAGUUUAACUGACAACAGACCUCCUGCCCAGUUCACUGAAUCCCAGCCAAGUGCUAACAAUUUGACAGGUAAACCUCGGGACUCUGCGAGUUAUGGAAGUCUGCACAGUGAAAAACGCUCAGAGGAUGACGAGUAUAAGCUGAUGGGAGAGAUAGCAUCCCGUGAGGUUACGGAGUCUCAGCUCCCUGUUCCUAGUCGGCACAAGCGCAUUAGGAGUGGAUUCUGCUCCCUGCUUUGA